AGGCUCACCAAGGCUCCGCUCCACGUAUCUGCACCUUGAUCCUACCAACACUACUACACGCAUACCUUGCUGUGUCUAUUUUAAGGUCGGAUUUUUUGUAGAUGAUCCUGUCGCACAAGCCGCAAACCUAGAGUAGUACAUAAGGAUGAACUUGCUUCAAGAAUUAAGAUUUGUUUAUUCGCCUUUCUUCGUGCGCCACGCCAGGGCUUUUGCUGGCGUCGCUGACAAGUGCAAUAAUUAAAGGAUGGCUGCUUACUAGGAAUUCACUGUGACAACUGCUUUCAUUUAUUCGGCACACGGCCUUCGUGAAUGGUUUUAUUUGGGCACCUUUAUGACCACCGCUAGUGCCUGCCUACUUUUUUUCGGUUUAUUAUAGCGAAUAAGUAGACGUACUAGAUCUAGAACUAGACCUGCCAUAGUAGAUGUAGAUCUGAUUCUGCAAUCCGAUCAUGAGCCCUGCAAAGUUUUUGCUUCCUCGCGACCCCCUCUUUUCCCCCGCGACAUUGUUCAUACGACCCGCUCAUCGAAGAUUUCUAGCAGGAGAUCAUAUUCAGGACGCUGACGACCGUUGCUCUUCAUCUACUAAGGUGGAGAAGGUCUGGUUGAACUACAAAGAGCCCGUGGUCAGCAGGUGCGAGGGUCGUGGCCGACACGACGAUGUUUUUUUCCGCAGGAACGCGGCGGUCGAAGCGGCUUCGGGACAAAACCUUGGGCAAGGGCUUUGCCGAAGUUUUGCGGAGAGAGGAGCUAUUUUGCAAACCCGUGCCAGUAGACGAUGUUGGUCAGCAAGAACAGCAGCAGAUAUUUUUAUCAAGACCAACAGGAGCAGCAGGAGGAGCGUCUUCCUCUUCUUCCAGUGCAAUAAACCCAAACUACAACCCAAUCGCUGAUUCUCCACAGCAGCCUGUCGCCUCCUUUGCUUGCGACGUGUGUCUACUCGAUGUGGAGGACGAUGACGAAGUCGCGAUUCUGCACCCCUGCGGCCACAAGGGCCACGCGGAUUGCGUGCGGCUGUGGAGCCAGCGGGAGAACACCUGUCCGCAGUGCCGGAACCGGUUCCCCAGGUAUGGAAUCUACGUGCCAAUCGUAGUGCCGAUCGAAGAUGGCGAAGUUCUUGACCCCACCGCCGCUCCUGCGCCAAAUAGCAAACAAGCCAGUCCACCAGGUUAUUUGCAAAAGUGCUGGAAGCUGGAUCAGGUUCCCGAGGUGUUUCAAACGGACCAGGACCUGGAGGAAGAGCAGAGAAACGCGAGAAACAGAAGGCGGAAAAGAUCGGUGCUCGCGACCGUACUUGGCGAAGAGGGGGGGUCAUCGGGGGAAGACGGCAGCUUUUACACAGAGUCGGACCCUGAACAAGAAAAGGACAACUACACGAGGGACGGUAACAAAAGCAUAAGCAAGCAGAACAACCACAUCGUCAAGGGCAAAAACGCAAAAGGCAAUAAGUUGGACAACAACGACAUUUUUCACGUCGCACCUGUUGCGAAGAAGAAGGCCAGGAAAAGAAAAAUCCUGUCUUUCCGGGACCACGACUUCGAGCGGGCCUUGCCACCAGGAAGUAAAGGUAAAACCCCGACGACGACGACGACCACAGGAAAUGCAAGUUCUGGCGGGGUUCUCGUCGGUACUUCGGCCAGCGCGUCGAGUUCGUCUGCGUUUCGGUUGCCUGUGUUGUCAUCGGGUGCAGCUUCCGAGACCACGGGUGGACAACAAGGAAAUACAAAGCACGAUGAAGACGACCAGCAGGAGCUCCUGCAAGGGAAGAACCUUUCCUUGUCGCUGACAUCAAGGGACAAAAAUAAGUCGGCUCAUCUUGUUUCUUCUACCCGUGGCGCCGUCGAGGACGCUGCAGAGGAGGAAGCGGAGCUGGUGUCCUUCAUCAGCGAUACGAGCGACAGCAGCACGUCGGACGAGUCGGAGUUGCCAUCCGAUGAUGAUGGAAGCGCGUCAGCGUCAUCUGUCAGCAAGGACGACGAAGACGUGUCUCUGGACGAGGAGUCGAAAGCGGUUUUUUCUUCCGCGGUGGCAGGGACUACGACACAGACACUAGGUCGCCACAAUCUUCAAGGUGCACGCAACGGGACCCAACACCCCCCAGGGCCGCAGCCGAAGAUCGGCAAUAAGGACAACGUCGAGGCUGAAAACACGACAGCACACCUGCAAGUAGAUGACGAGCCAGCCGCAAAGAGGGUGAAGAGAGAGCAAGAAUCAAAGAAUCAGGACUACCAAGAACAGCAAAAUCGACGGCGCCCACUGGAAACAACUAGUAAAGGCCAUGAGCCUGCGGCUGCGAACGAGUUGUUGCUGAAUCAUAAAACAUCGAAAAAGCGACAGCGAGCACAUAGCAGCAGCGACGUGGUAGUCGCGACGGUUCAAACAGGGUCUUUUGACCCCUUUGCAUCCGGAAAUACGCAAGGCGCCGUUUCGUUCGUUGCGGCAGAGCAGCACCCCGGUGAUGUAGCUAAGUCAGGAGUUGGUGUGGCGACAAGCAUGGAAAUAACUGACGGUAGUUCUUUGUUUGGUGCAACUGCAACUAGUACAUCUUCAACUGCGGUGAAAACAGAACAAAGGCAGCACGGAGACGGCUGCACGACAGGAGCAGAAACGGGGGCAGCGACGACCCAAAAUAAAGUUCUUCCCUCCAGCAACGCUAUCAAGCGCCGCGCGAUGCCAAACUACGUGACAGGCCCCGACUACCAGUUGAAGCUGCAACUCCAAAAUCAUUUUCUGACGGAUGAUUUUCUUGAGGAGAUCGCGCACAAGGUGAAAAAGGCGCGAUUCCAGGACAAAAUCCGCCAGCGGUUUCACUCCGUCAUCCUGGCCAACAACCGACUACGAGCGCCCGGCGUGCUCCACCUGCUUCGCGUGUGUCAGCCCACGCAGCUGCUGGACCUGAGCAGCAACCGCGUGAAUGGCACGGGGCUGAUUGCCAUCGGCUAUCAAAUGCAAAAAUGUCUGGGUCUGGAAGAAUGCAAGUUUGUCAUGCUUGUCUGGCAUGACUCGAGAAUCUGCGUUGCAUAGUCACGAAAAGGCCCCCUUACCUGUCAUGCAAAAACGCAGUUUGCCAUGCGGAAUACGUAAGACAUGGCAGCCAAAAAAUUUGUCAUGCGUCGCUGCGUAUUGCAGUGCGUCUAUCAUUCAGAUUUAGGAUUACAAGUUUCCAGACCCAGACAUAUUGGCAAUCCAUAUCGGCCUAGAACUGCUGAAAUACUGCUUCACGCGCAUGAACAGUCUGGCUGCGCUAUCCUGAGUAAAAACGUCCCCACCCCAGAGUUGUCAUGCAGAUUUGCAAAGACAGUAAGACUUGUAAUGCGCAUCCCCAUGAGAGCCAUCUCCAAUCGUGUUUUGGAAUUUGUGAUGGUGCAAAUAGGAUGAGGAGAUGGCUUUGUGAUGCGGCUGUCCUUGCGAAACUGCACUACAACACAGAGGGGAACUUGUCAUGCAUGACUCCCAAAACUUCCGGGUUUGUGUUGCAGAUUUCCCAUCUUGACUAUGGGGUGGGGAUAUUUUUUCUCACAAUAUGCGCCGGCGGGAGGCGCAAAUGCUGGGACCACGUGGGCGAGCAGUGAAAAUAAAAUCCAGUCCGCUUUGGAGGUGAACCUCGCCGACAAUGGGGAAACGUUGAGUCCCAUGGGCAUCGUCACUUUUCUGGUGAUAUGCAUUGCAAAUAUGUCUGGGUCUGGAAGAGUGAGCGCAACAAGGUCUGCGUUGCUCCGCUAGCAUGAGAAUCAAUGAAGUCUGUCAUUUGGACCUUACCCAAGCACUAGCACCCCUUGUUUUGUCAUGCAGAAUCGCAGUUUGCCGUAUGCAACUCAGAAACUCGUCUUCGUCACGCGUGGUCGCCUCAUCAGGCGUCCUCGUGAUUCUUCAACCGGCAUCACAAGUUCCCAGAUCCAGACAUGUCCGCGAUGCAUAGCUCCUCCUGGCCCAGGGAUCGAUGGAUUUUGAAAGGAAGCUGCGCGAGCAGAGGAACGCGUUGCUGAGGGAGCACGGCAUGGAGAUCGAGGAGGAAAAGAGCGAGAAGAUGGCGCUGCGCUGGUGGGUGCACGUCGAACGAAAUGAGCUGCACGACACGCCGGAGUUUUUGAAGCUGUUGGAUUCCAAGUUAAAGGAAGCAGUGGCCAAGGCGAAGACAACAGAGAUUGAAACGAGAAGUAGCAGUUCUGCUGGACAAGCAGCAGCUGAAGAGAGGAAAGGAAACAAGACCUCCUUCGUUACCGCUGGCGGACAAGAAGUGAUUUCCGAGCAAGAUCCUUACAUCGCAGACACGUCAGACUUCAUCUGUCUUGCGCAAGACCCCGAGCGGUGCAGCAGCCGAGGUCACAACUGCGGCGCGUUGCUGCAUUUGCCCAACGUUUUCCGGCAGAUAAGCACGGCUCAAGAUCAGGCAGGUCCUGGUGAACAAGCGGAUUCGAACUUCGUGCCGUCUCGCCGUACUACAGUGCCAAUGCUCCCGAUUGGAAAAAGCAAGCAUUUCGCUGCCGCGAUGGGUGGUGGUACAACUGCGGAAGGGGUCCUCGCGCAACGAACUUUGCUCUCUGGGAUGAGAAGUCGUGCGGAUGACCCAUUUCUACUGAACGGCAUUACAACACCACCGACAACAUCCGCUUAUAAUUUCUCUACUGGUUUUGAUACUACAUCUGCUCGCCUGCAAAACCGGCAGCAACUGACGCGGAAAUUUUCCGAUUGGCAGGCGAUGCUGAUCCAGCCGCACGCGGGCGACGCGAAGGACAGCGCGAGCGUUGCCAGCGCCGAGAAGACAAUUUUGAAGUUCUUGCAGCACCUUUUUCGACUGGCGUCGUUGUCGAAAGAAGAAAGGAUCACCGAAAAAAUCAACUUCGAGCAGGCCAAAGCGGAGAAAGAAACGGCGAAGGGCCAAUUCGCGCGGCCGGACAAGGACGGAAGUACGUCAAGGCUGCAGCAUGGGGAACGACGAGCGGUAGAAGUUUUUGGUGAUGGUGUCGCAGCAAUAGCUUCAAAGCAAGAACUUUUUUCUUCUCGGCCGUCGAGAGGACAUGGACAGCAUUUUUCCACGAUGGACUAUCAAAUGCAAAAAUGUCUGGGUCUGGAAACUUGUGAAGCAAAUCUGUGAAUCGUGAGCGCACUACAAUAUGCAGCCAAGCAUGACAAGUUUUUGCACGUGCCAUGUGCUUCGUAUUCUGCAUGGCAAACUGCGUUGUUGCAUGACAGGCAGGAGGCCCCGUUCCUGCUUACGCAUCACAGAUCCAAGCGUCAUGCCAGACAAGCAUGACAAGUCCUGCAUUCCUCCAGACCUAGACAUUUUUGCAAUGCAUAUGGACAUGGUGGAUUUCAUUCGCCGCAGAAUGCUGGCGGUCGAACGGCAGCUGGCGAGCACAGCGAAGGAAAAGGCAAAGAGAGACAAGCCGCGCUCGGGCGUCGGCCUUCUGAACGAGAAGAUCCGGAAACUUCCACCGUCGCUUGCCGCUUUGGACAAGAACGCGUUUGUCGAUUUGCGGGAAUUUCUUCUGAAGGAGGAAGAGGAUAUCCUGCGCAAAAGUAUCGCACUCGUAUUGCAAUCAUGCAUAUACGAAUCUUGUUCUUAAGGUAAAGCAGCAUCACAAAUUUGAUUUCUCAUGCUGGAGAAAUUUGUAAUGCAUUUACACGAGGAGUGCGAUACUUGUUUUGCAAUUCAUAGAGGAUGUAGAAGUUGUACAACAACCUACCAGUAGCAGCGACCAGGACGAGGAAAUCGAAAUGGUAGACCGCAGCACGAGCCGUCAUCAAAGUAAUGUUGAAAGGACAAGCAAAAUGCAAAAGGGCCGCGCAAGAAAUUCUGCCUCAGGCGGCAGCUCCUUCACACCACUACCCCGGGUAUUCGACCAACAAGUCUUCAAGCUGGAACAAAAAAUACGACUGAACAGUCCGACAAUGAAAAAUGGCAUGAAGCCGAACAACUCAGGAGCUGCUGGCACUACACCAACAGGUGGCAGCAGUGCUAAUAUGAAGAGCGGGAUAGAAGAUGAAACCCUCGAAGACGACUUUCGUUCCCCAUCCCCGUCGCCCGAGAAGAUAAAACAGGAAGCAAAGUCACAGGAUCAUCGUUCGGGAGUGAAAACAUCAAAAACACUACGAGCAAAAGAAAGACCGCCAGCACAUGAACGCGACGACACAAGAAUCUCGUUUGCGGAGCUCUUUCCGCACCUGUUCUCUCCGACAGAGAUCGUAUCAAGUGUAAAAAUGUCUGGGUCUGGAAGAAUGCAACUUGUGAUGCUGCAUUUGGAUUCCAGAAAAAUCUGUAUUGCAUGAGUACCAAAAGGAAUGCAUUUUUUGCUACGCGGAGAGGGCAUUUGUCAUGCGGAAUAGGCAUCAAGAAGGUCUCAGAAAAUAUGUGAUGCUAGGGCAUGCAUCACAGACAUCAGGGCUCAUGCAAAACGUGCAUGACAAGUGUCAGAAUCUUCCAGACCCAGACACUUUUACAAUCCAUAGAUCGAAAACCUGACCUAUGCUAUCGCGCCCCGCCGCCCUUUUGUCAUCGCCGAUUUCGCGACGGUCAGCCUCAUACCCGACCGCAGGACCGGGAACCCGAAAAAGGUGCGUAGUACGGAGACCAGGGGGGUAUCGAAGAAAAAAACAUUGCUAGUGUAACUUUGUGAUGCGCAACCUGCAAGAUGAUUGCGUCUGUCAUGCUGGGCAUGCACUGUAGGGCCCAUUCAGUGGCGUUUUCACGUACUAUCCGCGCAUAACAGGUUUUUGCUCUCAUGCCAGACGGAUUUGUCAUGCUGUUCCUCCAAGAAAGUUACACCUACAAUCUUUUUUGCUUGGAUAGGGGGUCAGGCUCGCCUGCGAUUACGGUGCGCAGGAGGAGCACCAGGCGACGAUGAAAAAGUUACUCACGACUGGACAACCGGACGACCGCAUAAAGGCGCGCGCCUUGAUGCACGAACGGCUUUUCGGCGGAACGUCGCACCAAGACGAGCAGGAGGACCUCGUGCUUUCGCUCAACCCAAAGCUCGAUCUGCAUAAGCCAGUCGCAAAAAGAAAAACGUUAUGAAUUGCAAAAAUGCCUGGGUUUGGAAGAUUGCAACUUGUCAUGGUAAAUCUGAAGCAUGCAAAAAUCUGUGUUGCACGAGUGCCAAAAGCUGUAAACUUUUGACCAAGUUGGAAGGGAGUUUCUCAUGCAGGAUAGGCAUGGCAGAGACCUCGCAGAGUCUGUCAUGCUAAGUCCCGCACUCCAGACCUCAUGGGUCAUGGAAAAUCUGCAUGACAGGCCUACACUUUUCCAGACCCAGACAUUUUUACAUUUGAUAAACGUUUCGGCUGAACUUCGACGCCCUCCGGAGACAGGAAGAGGAAGCCUUCUACCGCGAAAACCUCGUGCCCGCCCGGAAACUCUUGUUGGCGUCGCACCUGUAUGCAUUGCAAAAGUAUCGUACUCGUAUAAAUGCAUUACAAAUUUCAUCAGCAUGAGAAAUACAAUUUGUAAUGCAGAUUUGCCUCAGGAACUACUACUACAAGACUUGCAUUUAGACGAGUGCGAUACUUUUGCACAGGAUAACCUGCCGAAGAAGCCGAACGGGGCAGAGGCGGACGAGGAGGAAAAGAACGCAUAUGCAUUGCAAAUAUGUCUGGGUCUGGACAGCUUAAACCUGUGUUGCGUGUCUCUCACUCCUGAAAAAUCUGCAUUGCAUAAGCAGCAAAAGCGCCACGCUUUCGUCAUGCAAAGUCGCAGUUUGUAAUGCGUGCCGCGCAUCGGAGAGUGUUCGAAAAAUUUGUCAUGCUUCACUGCACUUUAAAACGCGCGCAAUCAUGACCAUUCAGCAUUACAAGUUUCCAGACCCAGACAUAUUUGCAAUCCAUAACGCGGAGCCCGAACAAACUACUGUCCUGGCUCGCUUGGGGGGGUCGGACGGGCGGGACCAGCAGGAGCUGGCAUUGGACAACCAGCUGAACGUACCAGAGUGGACAACUCCCCCGCCCUCUCAUUUGCAUGGCAUCAUGAGCAGCAAGACAAACACCAACACACUUGGAGCCUGUGCAUGACAAGUUCACGGGCCGAGUGUAAGUAGUACUGUUUGGGCUUCCGAAAUUUGUCAUGCAAACAGUGCCACAAGGCAUCAACUCCAUUGGGGACUUUGCAUCACAAAUGAGGGGGAGGGGGACUUAUGCACUGUCAUAGAACGCCGAGUGGGUGAAGCGAGAGAUGGAAAACCAGAAGCAGCACACAAGCUUCGAGAACAAGAAGCACCUAAUAUCCUGAGCAAAAACGUCCCCACCGCAGAGUUGUCAUGCAGAUUUGCAAUGACAGGAACACUUUGUAAUGCGCAUCGACAAAAGAGGCAAUCGUGUUUUGGCAUUUGUAAAAUGCUUUAAACAGGAUCUAGGAGUAGAUGGGUUUUUGAAUUUUGAUGCGACAGCGACUGUCCUUGCUAACCUCAACUACACUACAAAGGCGAACUAACUUGUCAUGCGUGGCUCCCAAAACUUCUGGAUUUGUGUUGCAGAGCUCGCAACUUGACGGGGACGCUUUUACACAGGAUACCUACGCAGCGGGGUCGGCACGGUGGACAGCAGCACGCUGGACCGGGGUUGGGAGGAAGACCAGCUGGAACUUCAGCGUGCUUAUGCAUUGCAAAUAUGUCUGGGUCUGGAAACUUGUGAUGCCAAAAUGUAGAUGAUUGAAACGCUUUCGAGUGCAGCCAAGCAUGACAAGUUCUUGCAACGUACGUAGUCUCAUACGUAGCGCGCAUGACAAAGAGCGUUUUUGCAUUACAAAGAACGCUGUGCGUUUGUUAGUCAUGCAAUACAGAUUUUCUUUUUCAUCAUCAUCUUGGACGAAUGUAAGGCCAGCAUCACAAGAUCACUUUUUCCAGACCCCGACAUUUUUGCAAUGCAUAGUGCUGGAGCAAGAACUGCGGGAAGUAGUCGAGGGGUUCUCACUGGAAACUACACAUCACCGAGCGGAGGAGGUGGUCCUCUGCGUCGUACAGGUGCUAGCGGUGGUGGGGCUAGCGUCGUGGGCAGUAGUGCCGCCUCGACGUCGGCUUCAGCUUCACGCCCAGGAGGAGGGGGCCCAAGUUCUGUCGUUCCGGGGCACUACGGUUCUUCGGCAAGAAGUGUAGGGCAACGACCUGGCCAGCCUGUAUUAAUCGCGAGACCAGGAGGAACUGCUACUUCCUCUUCUAGUUUCAAAGCAAGCAAGUUUUCGAUGGGAAAAACGAACACGAGCGCAGCCUUCGCGGCCGCGCGGUUCGACGCACGGGCGGGAGCUGCACUGCAGCGGCCAACAGCCCAAUUUGAGCCGCCAGGCACGCAAUUAAAUGGAGUCGCUGGUGCUGGGAGCAGCGCAAGAACACGCCAGGAGCCCCCGGUCGUGGCCAACGUUCAUCAGGAACACCAGUUGGCUUUUCCCAGUGCUGCUGGCGUUGGGACCACAAGGACUACACCAUCGGGAAUUGAUGUUCCUUCGUCCUCUAGAAGUACAGCCAUCGUCCCCGUUCUUGCAUCUUCACGCCCGAUGCUGCCCCCAAGCAACCCGCCUCAAAGAACGCAGCAGGAGCAGCCGCCACCUGGGCUUGUCACAGCUUCGGCAUCCUCGUCCACGACCCCGGGGACAAGAUUUUCAACGCAAACAGCUGCGCAACCGUCUCCAAAUUCAGCACAAGAGUCCGCCGUUCCGACAGCGCAGGCUCUGAUCGAUGACCAUUUCACGGACGAGGCGACUGCGCUGGUGAAGUCGAAACUGGCACAGAAAUUGGAGUAUGCAUUGCAAAAGUAUCUUCGUCCUGGUAAAGGAAAUCGCAUAUACAAAUUGGCUCACCGUGUUGACAAAUCAUCACAAAUGGAAUCUCUCAUGCUGACUUGGCUUGCAAAGGAGAUUUGUCAUGCAUGAUUGCGAUUAGUUUUUACUUUAGUACGAGAGCGAUACCUUUGCGCCGGAUAUGGAGCGGGAGCUGAAUUCGGCACGGAUCGAGAGCGACAACGCCGUGACAAAUUUGGACACGUAUCCUUUGUAAAAACGUCCCUACCCCACAGUUAAGAUGGGAAAUCUGCUAGACAAAUCAGUAUGCUUUGGUUGUUGCGCAUGACAAAUUUGGGCGAGCAAUUUCAUCGUAUUCAGCUAAUGCAACCGCAUCACAGAGCUAGAGCGUUAUGCUCAGUGGAGCAUAACAAAUUUCCAAACGCGACGGGAUGAAAUUGCUUAUUGUGGGGCUCAGCAUGAGAAACAUCUUUGGCAUGCAGACCCGCAUUACAACUACAGGGCUGGGACGUUUUUGCUCAGGAUAGCACGUGGCUGCGCUACAGGCCCGACAGAAAUGUGACUUUAUUGAGACGCAUACUGCAGCGCAUGGAAGAGGAGGACGCGGAAUUGCGGAAAUUUUCGCUGAAGGAACUGACGAGAAGGAUCGGGAGAAGAAACCGGUAGGGCGUGGAACUACAAUCGGAUUUCCUGAGUGUGGACGCAACGGCGAGCUGCAAAUGAAAAUCUAAGUCAUAGCUUUACUGUCCAUCUAGACGAGGAAGAACGAGAGGCUUUUGCGCGAUGGAAAUUAGCGAUGGACGAUUAGAAGAUCGAGAAUCGAAAGGCAGGCGACUGCUCAAAGAUUUAUUUUGGCCCUGUCUACAACUCCGCAGGCACAGGCAGCAUAGCGCUGCUGUCUUCGUACGUG